AUGAAAUUAAUAUGUAUAACAGCUGGAAUUAUAUUAUCUUUAUUUAUUUUAUUUCUUUCUGUCUCAGCUGUUACACACUGGCAAUUAAAUCAAGAUGGUACUGUUAUACAACCUGUAUCUAAUUCUCCAUAUCAAAUGAAAACUCCACAAUCAUUAAAUAAAAUGAUGGAACAAAUUAGAAAUGUAGACAUGUUAAUAACAAAUAAGGAGAAUGUUAAAAGAGAAAUUGCAGAGAUUCAAAAAAAAUUAGAUAAAGAUAUUCCUGAUUUGGAGGAACAAAUAAGAAGUACUGAUGGUGAUUGUAUUUCAUCAAGAGAUCUCGAAAGUACAGAAAGUAGUGAUGUAGGUUUUGCUUUAUUAGCAGCAGGAAAAAUUGAGGAAGCAAAUAAUGUAUUUAGAGAAGAAGUUAAUAAAAAUCCUAAUUGCCAAUUAGCAAGAAAAAAAUUAGCAUAUGCACGUUGUUAUUUAAAAUUAAAAGCUGCCUUAGAAAGUAGUCAUCGAAAUUUAAUGUCUAUAUUUGAGAAAUAUGAUAGAUAUAAAGAAAGAUUAGCAUUUGUUCAAGAGUUACAAAAAAGAGUAUCUGAUAAUAUGUUAGAUGAAGAAGAAAGAAAACAAAGUAUGUUAGUGGCAGAUUUUUUUUCUUAUGGUACUAUUGAUUAUUCAAUUUGUAAACCAACCAUUGAAAAUAAUAAAAUGGCAAUCAAAUGUAAAGUUAGUGAUUGGCAAAAUUAUAAUGCAACAGUUUUUAUGAAAUAUAUUAAUAAAUUUACUACUGAAUUUGAAUUAAGAAAAAAUAAAAAGAAAACAGAUUCUACAAAACAAAAUAAGGGUGAUGGUUAUGUUGAACAGGGAUUAUCUGUUGAUGAUAUAAAAAUGACUGAUAAAUUUUAUAGAGCCUUAAAAAAAUUUUCAAAUCUUGAUACAAAAGAUUUUUUUGAAGAAAUUGGAUUUAUUCAGAAUGGUUUUAUUGGAAAAUAUCAAUUUUAUGAUGAGAAUGAAGAUUUUGAAAUGAAAAGUCGUUUAAAUUCUGUUCAAGGAAAAGAAUUUGACAAUUCAAUUUUUUCUAUUCUUCAUACAAAAGGAAGAAUAUUAGGAACACCAAAUGAAAUAUCAAAUAUAGCUAAAGAAGCAGUAACUAAAUAUUUAAAUUUAGAUAAUGGUUCAAAUCAUCCAUUACCAUGGUUAGAACCAUAUUGUAAAAAACCUGAUCCAAGAAUUAUUCAAAGUCCUGAUAAAUAUAUGAGAGAUGAAUUAUAUAAAGUUACUGGAUUAAAUCCUAAUGAAGUUCCAUUAGUUGAGAUUGCUCAAAGAAUAAAAACAUUAAUGGAUAAUAAUUUUAAACCAUUUUGGUUAUUAGCAAAUCUUGCUGCAAUGUAUUUUAGAGCAAUUGGAAGGAUUGGUGAUGCAUAUAAUUGCCUUAAAUAUACUGUUGAAUAUGAAUAUGAAACAUAUGAUCAUAGUUAUACAUUAUUUCAUUUUUAUGAUAUUAAUUUUUUUAUGCCACUUUUUAAUUAUACAGCACAAAAUUCAAUGUUAAAUAGUCAAGAAUUAUUAAAACAAAUGAAUGAAGGAGAUUUUAAAAAAAAUUUAGAUAAUAAUCCUUAUUAUUUAUAUUUAUACAAUUUAGUUCACUUAACUUCAUACAGAGAAAAUGCAAAUUUUAAAAAAAUUAAAAAAUCAUUAAUAAAAAUUGCUCAUUUAAAAGAACCUCAUGAUAGUAUUUUAACAUCAAAUGCCAUUGAAUGCCUUGAAAUAUUAAAAUGUUUGGAAGAAUUUAGUAAAUCAAUACCUAAAAAUAAAUAUUAUUUACAAUGUUGUGAUAAAAAUCAAAAUGUAUAUUGCCUUCCGAUGGUAGAUUAUUGUUUUUCUCCAUCAAAAUAUCCAUCUGGUUUAUGUUACUCAUCUACAGAUACUUCUAAGAAAUUAGAUGGUUUGUCAAACUUAUUAUAUUACAUUUUACCAUCAAAAGAAAAGAAUAAUGAGAGAAAUGAAGUUCCAUUGAUGGUUUCAGAUCCAAUUAGUUUGGCAAUAAUAAAUGCUGCUAAUAAGAAAAUUGAGAAAGAUAUUAAGGCAGAGGAAGAAAAGUUUGAUAUUAAUUCUCCUGCAACAUAUGAAAUGCCAUUAGAUUAUGGUGGAUAUGAUAAAAAAUUGUUUUUUAAAAAUACAAGAUUUGUCAAAAAACAAAUGCAUAAAUUUAAAGAUAGUGUUGUGAUAUUUGAUGCUCCUCAACAAGAAUUAAAUGUUCCUCUUGAAGAGUUAACAUCAUUAUGGAAAAGUAUUGAUGGUGAGAUGGUUCAUGAUUUAAAAAAUAUUAAAGAUAGAAGAGAAAUAUUACAUUAUGAUUUAAAGUUUUUAAAUAAAAUUCCUGAACCUUUUAAUGAACAAGUUAAAAAAGGAAUGAUAUAUUUAAAACCACCAAAAGAUAAAGAAACAUUAGAUACUUUUUGUUAUAUGUAUUAUAAAAAUCCUAUUAAUAUAGAUCAACCUGUUAGUACAUGGGUUUCUGUUACAGCAAAAGGUAUUAAUAUGGAAGAUUAUCUUGAUUUAAAUAUGGUUGUUCCUGGUAUUGCUAAUCUAGAACCUGUCUGUCCUGGUAUUGAAAAUGACAAGAGUGAUAUUUCUAAAUUAACAUUAGAUUAUCUUCCUGCAUUCUUAUAUAGAGAUCAAUUUUAUUUUUAUAAACCAGAAAAAGCUUUAAAAGAUACGUUAAGAAGUCUUGGUAAUGAAGGAGAAAAAAUAGAACAUGUUGCAGCAAGAUUAACUUUAGCAAUGCGUGUCUCAAAAAUGUCUUCAAAGACAUCAGAAAAUCAAGAUUCUGGUGUUCAUUGGACUUUAACAACAGCCUCAACAUUAUAUUGGAGAGUGAAAGGAGAUGCUGUAAAUGCUGUAAAAUGUCUUCGUCAUUCUCUUAAAAAUGCACCAUCAAAUAUGAGAGAUGUUGCUCUUAUAAAUAUGGCAAAUAUUUAUCAUCAGGCAGGAUUUUAUCAUAGUGCAUUAUAUGCUGGUGGGAGGGCAUUAGAAAUAUCUCCAGAAUUAGUGGCCAUUCAUUUUACACUUGCAAACAUCUAUGCAUCAAUGGGUGACAAUGAUCGUGCUUUGAAAUUUUAUUAUUCUACAAUAGCUUUACAAAGUAAUUUUCAACCUGCCAAAGAUAGAAUACGUGCCAUUAUUUGCCAAAAUAAAGACAAUUCUUUUGAAUUAGUUGAAAGGCUUAAAAAUACGUAG